AUGCCAUUGAAUGUCUACGGGCAUGUCUGGUUCAAUUGGGUUGGCCGAAGAAGCGAAUCUGUAAGCAAGAAACGCUCCAGAAACAGGGAUAAGCCAAGCCACCCCAGACUGAAGAAGAAGCAGACGAAGAAAGAGAAGAAGAGUCUCUUGGAGGAGGAGGAUGUACACAUUCAAUGUCCUCAGUACAAGCUCAAAGUACACUCUCAUUCUAACACGAAGCGUGGCGCACCGGACCGCGCACCAGGACCAGGACCAGUACCAGCACCAGCAGCUCCAUCUCCAGCCAGCACGUACCAGAAGGACCCACGCUCUACCAGCCUUGUUGUUGCUGUUCCAUUUCCAUUGCUCGCUCGCUGGCCCAUGAGCCGGACGGACCAACGCUAACACUAAUACCAACAGGGAGCAUGAUGGCCUCCCACUCUAGGGGGUGA